AUCUCUGAGUUACAAUGGAGCAAAAUCCAAAGUCUGUAAGAAUGUGGAUAAUCACCUGCCUUUUGUUCAUUUUGGGUCAAGGUAAGAAUGACAGAGACUUUAAGAUGUGUGGAACAUGGCGCCAUGGCAAUGCAUCCCGAAAUCUGAAAUAUGAUUUGAAAACAGGCUGUAAAGAAAUUGAGAUUUCAGCCAAUGAGAGCACACUCUCAGUUCAGGGCAGUAUCACAGCCACGUGCACGCGAUCUUCAUCCAUUCCUCUAAAAUCAAACCCUCUUCAAAAUCAAAGUAAUUUCUGUGUGUUCUGGGAGCCGCUGCUGGACCUGCUGAUAGUCCAGACCAAAUGAAAUAAAAAAAACCUGCGUGAAUCACAUGGCCUUCAAGGAAACUGCUGCACUGACCUCUCACAAGGAAAUCACAAAAAUGCUGCUUUGUAUGGUAUUGUAAAUGGCAGCAUCCACGGUGAUACCAUCAGAUAUGAUGUCAUGGAAAAAUAUACAUUUCGAGGAGACACAAUCAACUGCAAGAAAAAAUUCUGUGAUGAGGCAAGUAAGAAGCCCAAUGGAGCAAAGAUGAUAGAGGAAGUAGUGAUGAAAUCCAAUAAAACAGGUCGUGUGGAUCUACCUUGUGCUCAGAGCACAGUCAUUGAGAUGAAAGAGGGCUUCACAGGACUCAGUUUAACUCUGCCAGUUCCUCAAACUGUACCACCAAACAUGAUACCCUCCGUUUAUCUUCCCUCCUGUCUGAAAUCCCAAUCAAGGAACACAUCCAAAGUGGUGUGUACUUACUACCAAAACAAGACCUUGUUCCAGGGGGGAUCGUCUGAUGUAGUUCUUCUGGAUGACAUAGUUGGACUCUCUGUGGAGAACGAGAUCAUCAAAAACCUCCCAGAACGUGUCAGAAUCAGGUUUCAUCACUCUGCUCUCCCACUUAACCAUUCUAGAAGAUGUGUUUCAUGGGACACAAGAAAAAAUAAUGAAGUGACCUGGAGAUAUGACGGCUGUUAUACUGUUAAAAUCCACGACACAGAGACAGAAUGUUGCUGUAAUCAUCUCACAUACUUUGCUAUUCUUGUGCAAGUGGAACAGAAGGCUACAGUUCGCCAUCUAAAGGCUCUGAAUUACAUCACCGCUCUGUGCUGUGCCCUUACCUAACUUAUCUCUUGUUCAGUGAAAUUCUAUUGGUCUCUGUAUUCCAAAAGAGGGAAGAAAACCCAGACCUCACUGGUUCACCGUGGUCUAGUGGUGGCGAUAUUUCUUCUGUGCUUGUUCUUCAUUCUAACUGGUACACUGGCCAAUGUAGGAAAUAAAAACAUUUGUAAGAUAACAGGGUCCCUUCUGCAUUAUGCGCUGCUUAGUACCCUCUGCUGGAUGGCCAUGGAAGUGUUUCACACAUUCUUGCUGAUCCGCAAGGUGUUCAACUCAACUAUCCCGACAUGGAUAUUUUACUUGGUAGGCUUUGGUCUCCCGGUUCUGCUGGUCGGUAUUCUGCUCUUGAUACAGGAUAUUUAUAAGGUGGAUAUUUAUGGCGAAAGGGAGAUUGUACCAAGUGAUGAUGUCAACAAUCCUUACCGCAUGUGCUGGAUGUUGGAGAAUGAAAAGAGCCUGUUGGCUCAUUACAUCAUAAAUGUUGGCUUACUAGCUGUUGUGGUGAGCUCUGGAUCAGUCAUGCUUUUCCUUGUGGUGAGGGAGAUCCGCAACCGACCUGACUGGAAGAAGAUUCAUGUGGCUUUUCUCAGUAUAUGGGGUCUCACCUGUCUGUUUGGCACAACAUGGGGCCUGGGUUUCCUGGAUUUUGGCCCCCUGUCAGAGGCCAUUCUCUUCCUCUUCUGUAUUAUCAAUUCCUUACAAGGAUUUUUUCUCAUGCUGCGAUACUAUGCUCUUGAACGGAUGAAAAAGAAAGAUAGGUCCAUUUCGGAUGAGAACAUCUCUAUAUCCAAAAAACACCAUAUUACACACACACAAAAAAAGAGUUAAAAGUCUGGUGAUGGAUGCUCAAACAGUGUCUCUCUGAAAUUGCCAAAUUUCACUUCUUUCAGAGAUGUUACCAUGAAAGAUUAUUCACAAAGGGCAUUGGUAAAGAUCCUUUCUCAUCCUGCUGGUCAGGGUGUUGAAGGUUCCUCAGAUGACAUUGCACUGAUAUUGGGUCACAGAGCUGCAGGUAGAUAAGCUGAAAUGCUUCACCUGUCAUAAGCUGAAUUUCUGUAUUCAUUUUCUAAGUAUGAGGUAUAUUCUAAGUAUGAUGUAUGAUAGUCUGUUCAGCCUUGCACUUUAGCUUUUUUACUACUGUGUAAAACUGCUGUAUUCAUUGUGAGAUGUGAAAAGGUGUUCUAGCAAAUCUCUUUUAAUGAUGAAUAAAAAAUCAUUUCAUUUUUUGGUCAAAAAAUUCAAUUUUGUGAGAUAAGUUGUAAGUUAAAACUGCCAAAAAGGCGCAUUCCUUGUGUAUUUUUAAGAUUACAGUAAAUGAGCUCAGAAACUGUGUUCUGUCAGAAGCAAGUAAGUUGCACUUUUGUCAUGAAAUAGAGUAAAGCACAAACUUUGUGUUUUGUUUUGAGUAUUUGUGUAUUUGUAUGUGUAUUUCUGCUGUAAUAUAAUAUAGAAUAUAUAAAAUCAAUAUUAUUGGUGUUUGGUGAAUAUUU